GCGAGAGGCGGCCUCUUGUCCCACCCCAGCCCCGCCGUGCUGGAGUCUCCCUGCCGGCCGGGGCAGCGCCGCCCGCUCCCGGCGGGUCUGGGCUUGUUCUGCUCAGCCUGAUGUGCCCCACCGCGGGCGCGGGCACGGGAAGGGGCGCCCCGCCUGCCAGCGCCUCCCUGCGGGUGCCGCCUGCGCUGGGCACCUGGAGCGGCAGCCGCCGCGCUGGGCUUCGUCGCUGCCUGAGCUGCCGCGUCCCGGGCUGGACUAGGCGCUGAGCAUGUGCUUUGCGGGCGAGGGGGACCCCGUGCCCGCCACCGGAGCGUAGCUCCUGAUCGCAGCCCCUGGGUGGGAGGAGAGAGACCGGCUCCCUCCAGCCUCCCCUUGCCAUGGGAUGGCCGCCCCCUGCGAGCCCAGUUACUGCCCGCUCGCCCUCAGCCUGGAGGGAGCGUCCCUGGCCGGGCAGUUCGGCAACUGGACCAACGACUCCCUGCAGGAGCUUUUCAGGAGCGUCAACCUGGAGCGAGCCGAGGGGCUGCAGGGGGACAGCUCCGCCGUCCUGCGCAUCCUCAUCUCCAGCGUCUACUCGGUGGUGUGCGCCCUGGGGCUGGUGGGCAACCUGCUGGUGCUCUACCUGAUGAAGAGCAAGCAGGGCUGGAAGAAAUCCUCCAUCGACCUCUUCGUCACCAGCCUGGCGCUCACCGACUUCCAGUUCGUGCUGACGCUGCCCUUCUGGGCGGUGGAGAACGCCCUGGACUUCACCUGGCUCUUCGGCAAGGCCAUGUGCAAGAUCGUCUCCUACGUGACGGCCAUGAACAUGUACGCCAGCGUCUUCUUCCUCACCGCCAUGAGCGUGGCCCGCUACCACUCCGUGGCCUCGGCGCUGAGCCGCCGGCGGGGCGGCCCGGGGUGCCGCUCGGCCAAGUGGCUGUGCCUCCUCAUCUGGGGCGCGGCCAUGCUGGCCUCCCUGCCCCACGCCGUCUUCUCCACCACCGCCACCGUCUUCGGCGAGGAGCUCUGCCUGGUCAAGUUCCCCGAGGGCCGGGGCAACAGCGCCCAGUUCUGGCUGGGCCUCUACCAGGCCCAGAAAGUGCUGCUGGGCUUCCUGGUGCCGCUGGCGGUCAUCAGCCUCUGCUACCUGCUGCUGCUGCGCUUCCUGGGCGAGCGCCACGUGGGCCGCGCCUGCGGCGGGCCCAGGCGGCGGGCCCAGGUGACCCGCUCGGUGACGGUGGUGGUGCUCUCCUUCUUCCUCUGCUGGCUGCCCAACCAGGCGCUCACCGCCUGGGGCAUCCUGGUCAAGCUCAACGUGGUGCCCUUCAGCCCUCAGUACUUCCUCUCGCAGGCCUACCUCUUCCCCGUCAGCGUGUGCCUGGCGCACUGCAACAGCUGCCUCAACCCGCUGCUCUACUGCCUGCUGCGCCGCGAGUUCCGCGCCGCCCUGCGCCGCCUGCUGCGCCGCCUGGCCUCGCCCUCGCUCACCGCCACGCGCCCCUUCACCGCCACCACCAAGCCCGAGCCCGAGGAGCAGGCGCUGCGCGCCCUGGUGCCCGCCAGCCCGCUGCCCCCCGCCGCCCCCCAGCCCGAGCUCCUCUACUACCCGCCCGGCGUGGUGGUGUGCAGCGCCCGCUGGGACCCGCUGCCCAGCAGCUCCGCCGAGCAGCGCUGCUGAGCCGCGGGGGCGCCUGGGAGCGAGGGAGUGGGAGGCUGGGGGCAAUGCCCAGGGGGAUGGGCUCCAGGGAGUGUCCCAGCCCGGGGAGCGGUGGAGCGGCUGUCCGUGGGUUAUGGGCUCUGGGGACCGUCCCAGCGGUGGAGCGGGUGUCUGGGGGGGAUGGGCUCUGGGGACCGUCCCAGCGGUGGAGGAGUGGCUGUGUGUUCUGGCCUUAGGAGAAGUGGGGGGAAGGGAGGGUCCAUGGGGGAUGAAAUUGCAGCUCUCCCCUCAGCUUUGCCAAGAGGCCCAGCCUUCGGGGUGUCCAUGGAGACUGAGGCUCCAUGUGGCCAGGCUACUGUGCAUGGAGGGGCCGGGUGGGCUAAAUGGGGGACGAGGACGCCUGGGAAGUGGAGGGCGCUUGCGGACUUCGUAUGAGGAGGUUGUGGGAGCGCUGGGUGGUGAGACUGCAGCUGGAGCGGUGCCAUGUCCAGGCACCGUCGGGGUGUCCCUUGCCUCCUCACUGCAAUCUCCCAGGCGCAGAGGAGGUGGCUGAGGUGUGUGGGAAGCAAGCCAGGACUUUCCCCCUGCCACCACAGAGCCCAGGUUGGGGGGGACCUGGCUUUGUUUGCCCUCUCCUAGCACUGAACUGAGGCACCAAGCACAACUCACCACCGUAAAUGCAGUAAAUGCAACUGUAGCUCUGGCUCUAGCACAGCUCCAGAGAAAAGGCUGUUUGUGGGGCGUUCACUGCAGCACUUCAUCCUCUCUUAGCCUGUUGCCAAAGCAAAAUGAUUCUCCUUGAUAAACAAGAACAGGAGUAACUGAUGUUUGGGAACUGGGGGCUGCUGAAUAGGGGAAGCGGCUUUUUCUAUUUUAUUACCUGUAACUAGAAACUUUGCCCUAGCGGUGAAAUGUUAUGUCCAACCAUCAGCCACUGUUGUAGAUCAUUUGUGGUUAAUGGGGUACUGUAUCUGUAACUGACCAUUGCUUAGAAGGAAUGAAACCACUGCACUGCCAAUUUUAAAGGGGCUGAAUAUUCAGAGCCCAAGACCAGAAGGCACCUUUGUGACCAUCUGGUCUGACCUCCUGUAGAGCAUAGAACUUUCCCAAAAUCAUUCCUAGAACACAUCUGUUAGAGAAACAUCCAAUCUUGAUUUAAAGAUUGUCACUGAUGAUGAAUCAGCCAUGAACCCUGAUAAAUUGUUCCAAUGGUUAAUUAACCGCACUGUUAAAAAUGUACACCAUCUUUCCGGUCUGAAUUUGUCUAGCUUCAAAAUUUCCAGCCCUCAGAUUGUGUUACAACUUUCUCUGCUAGAUUCAAAAGCCCAUUAUCCAAUCAUUGUUCCCCAGGUAGAUACUUAGAGGAUGCAGUCAGCCAAGCCACCCAUUUAUCUUCUCUUUGCUAAGCUAAGUAGAUUGAACUGCUUGAGUCUAUUACUGUAAGGCAGUGGUUCUCAACCUUUCCAAACUACUGUACCCCUUUCAGGAGUCUGAUUUGUCAUGCAUAUCCCAAGUUUCACUUCACUUAAAAACUACUUGCUUACAAAAUCAGACAUAAAAGUGUCACAGCACACUAUUACUGAAUAAUUGUUUACUUUCUCAUUUUUACCAUACAAUUAGAAAAUACAUCAAUUGGAAUAUAAAUAUUGUACUUACAUUUCAGUGUAUAGUGUAAAGAAAAGGAGUACUUGUGGCACCUUAGAGACUAACCAAUUUAUCUGAGCAUAAGCUUUCUUGAGCUACAGCUCACUUCAUCGGAUGCAUUCCUUUUCUUUUUGUGAAUACAGACUAACACGGCUGCUACUCUGAAACCAGUGUAUAGUACAUAGAGCAGUAUAAACAAGUCGUCUGUAUGAAAUUUUAGCUUGUACUGACUUCACUAGUACUUUUUAUGUAGUCUAUUAUAAAACUAGCAAAUAUCUAGAUGAAUUGAUGUACCCCCUGGAAGACCUCUGCUUACUCACAUACCCCUGGUUGAGAACCACGCUAUAAGGCAUGUUUUCUACUCCUUUAAUCAUUCUUGUGCUGCUUUUCUGAAUCCUCUCCCAUUUAUCAAUCUAUUUCUUGAAUUGUGGGUACCAGAACCGUAUACAAUAUUCCAGCUGUGGUCACAACAGUGCCAAAUACAAAGGUAAAAGAGCCUCUCUACUCCUGCUCAAGCUUCCCCUGUUUAUUCAUCUCAGGUUUGCAUUAACUUUUUUGUCCACAGCGUCACAUUGGGAAAAGUCAUGGUCAGCUGAUUAUCCACCCUGACCCCAAAAUCUUUUUCAGAGUCACUGCUUGCCAGGAUAGAGUCCCCAAUUCUGUAAGUAUGGCCUACAUUCUUUGUUCCUAGAUGUAUACAUUUACACUUAACCAUAUUAAACCACAUUGCUUGCACCCAAUUUACCAAGCAAUCCUGAUCACUCUGUAUCAGUGACCUGUCCUCUUCAUUACCGACCACUCCCCCACAUUUUCUGUCAUCUGCAAACUUUAUCGGUGACAAUUUUAUGUUUUCUUCCUGGUAAUUGAUACAAAUGUUAACUAGCAUAGGGCUAAGAAAACAUAUCAACUUAGUUUGACAAGAUCUAUUUUCAUAAACCCCUGUUGAUUUGCAUUAAUUACUUUACCCUCCUUUAAUUUGGUGUUAAUCAAGUCUCCUACCAGCUGCCCCAUUAUCUUGCCCAGGAUCAAUAUCAAGCUGACAGGCUUAUAAUUAUCUCGGUUAUCCCAUUUACCUUUUUAAAAAUGGGCACAUUACCUUUCCUGUAGUCUUCUAGAAUUUCCCCAGGGCUCCAAGUCUUCUUGAAAAUCAACAUUAACGGUGCAGCAAGCACCUCAGGCAGCACUUUUAAAACUUUCGGAUGCAAGUUAUCUGGACCUGCUGAUUUCAAAAUGUUUGCUUCUAGUAUUUUCUGUUUAAUAUCCUCCAGAGACACUAGUGGAAUGGAAAGAGGGUUAUCAUAAAAUGAGACAUCUGGUUUUUUCCCCAAAUACAGACAAAUAUGAAUAUAGAGGUACUUGGCAGUGUUUCCAUGUGUCCAUUUUUGUUCAUAUCUGCUGCUGUGGAUUUUAGAUUUCCAAAGAUGCUUCCCUCCAUUGGGCUCUGUAUAUAAGAUGUGCCACAAGAGAUCAUUACAUGCCUCUGGUCACAAUUCAUACAUGCUAACCCAUGUGAGAAUGAUGGGUGGGGAUGACAGGGACAAGACCAGUUCCAGGAGUUUCAGCUUGUGGAGUUUCCUACUCAUCCGUUCAUCUGGGGGGACAGGUUUGUCCCUCUGCUGGAUGGAGGGGUCCACUCCUUUAGCAUGACCAUGAGAUCCACAUUGAUCUCAGGAGAUUCACAGAAGACAGGAUGCAGAUGUUGUUGCCUCCAUUCUAUGCUUGGCCCCACACCAGCUCCUGUAGGAUCUAUGCUUCUAGGUGCUCCCCCUACACAGCAGCCUUUGGAACCUAGAAGAAAAGGAGUUCCACGGGGCUAAGGGGGGAAAAGGGGAGAGACUAAAGCACAAGGUCAGGCAGAAUUACUUUGCAUUUCUUUCUGCUGUGGGUUUGGAGGAGAGAAUCUGGAGGAGCCCCCUUCUGCCGCUGGUCUGACCUCUACAACUCAUGAAGCUGGAAGUGCAAGGGGAGCGCACAGAGGAGUACUGUGGGGGUGGGAAGGAGCAAAUGAGAGUGGUAAAAUUUCCUUCUCUCUAUGGAUUCUUCUGGUCUAGAGGUUUUGCUCCUGUUGUAACUCAAGCUGUUAUUAGUUAUUAACUUGAGCUAAUUAACACAAUUGUAAAUUGGAUGCCCCAGACACUGCACAGCAGUUUAGGCCAGGACCCAAGUGUUUGUUGUUCACCUUUGGGCUUAGCCUACAGCAAACAUUCCCUCUGAAAUUCACUCCUGUGACACUGAAGUGGGUGGAAAGGGGGAGGGGAGCGAGAGUAUUACAUAAAAUGGCAUGGGGGGGCGCAAUUUUCCUCCAUUAUGGACACAGAUUAGAGCAUGAGGCCUUCAAUUUUUGUCCAGAAAACCUUGCAUUGACUUCAAUGGGAAUUUUACUCUGUCCUUAAGGAGGUACAGAGUCCUUCAGGAUUUGGCCCCAUGCUCUCUUCCAACCCGAAUCUAUGAUUCUAUGCUGUACAUGCCUAUGAAGUCCAGGAUAGAAUUAAGACUUGCUCCUGUGCACAGGCUGUAACUGGGUCAGGCAUUUGAACCAAAGCACCAUUAUUCUGUCUCAAGACAGCUGAGACCUAUUGUAGCCUUAUAAUCCUGAGCAGGGCGAUAGAGACAUAGGGCAGUGUUCAGAAAGAAACAAAAAUUAUUUGGAGGAACAAAUUGAUGAGGAAGGAUUCAAAGAUCCUGGAGAUGACUGAGUGGGGACCUCAGCUAUGGUAAGUGAAUAAAACAGCAAGUAUGGGGUAGAAGCUGCUCAGAAUAAUCUGGUUUUUGUUCAGAGCAGUGAGCUAGAUUACACUGUUGCCCAAGGAAAGUGCCAAGAGUACAAUCACUAGGACUGUAGGCAGGGCAAAACUUUAGAAUGUGUAGGGAAUCAUCCUGCAUAUGUAGUGAAAGGGACUGGAUUCAGGAGGGACUGGAUUCCAUCUGUAACUUCCACGACACGGGAAAAAACAUCUUCAGCACAGCAUCUUUGGGCUAUUUCUUAGGUUGUUUGAGCAACAUUCUUCAAAUAAUUGCAUGAAUGCAGAGCUGACUGGUUUCCUCCAAAUGCCCAUGUUUGGAUUUAUAACAAAAAUCCUCUUUUGAAUCAAAGUAAAAUGUUCAUAUAGCUCUAUGUGCAGCAGCAGUCAAAAAGCUAACAGAAUGUUAGGAACCAUUAGGAAAGGGAUAGAUAGUAAGACCAGAAAUAUCAUAGUCCCUCUAUACAAGUCUAUGGUACAUCCACACCUGGAAUAUUGUGUGCCGUUCUGGUCACUCCAUCUCAAAAAAGGUAUGUUAAAAUUGGAGAAGGUACAGAGGACAACAAAAAUGAUUAGGGAUCUGGAACAACUUCUGUAUGAGAAAAGAUUAAAAAGACUGGGACUUUUCAGCUUGGAAAAGAGAUGACUAGGAGGAGAUAUGAAAGAGAUCAAUAAAAUCUUGACUGGUGUGAAUAAAGAGGUGAUAUUUACUCCUCUACAUAAUAUAAGAACCAGGGGUCAUGCAAUGAAAUUAAUAGGCAGCAGAUUAAAAACAAGCAAAAGGAAGUACUUCUUCACAUAGCAGACAGGCAACCUGUGGAACUCAUUGGCAGGUAAUGUGAAGCCCAAAACUAUAACAGGAUUCAGAAAAGCAUUAAGUACAUUGCUGGAGGAUAGGUCUAUCAAUGACUCAGCCAAGAUGGUCAGGAAUGCAACCUCAAGCUCUGAGUGUCCCUAGCCUCUGUCUGCCAGAAGCUGGGAGUGGAGGACAGGGAUGGAUCGCUUAAUGAUUGCCUGCUCUGUUUAUUCUCUCUGAAGCAUUGGCCACUAUCAGAAGACAGGAUACUGAGCUAGAUGGACUAUUGGUCUGAUCCAAUAUGGCCAUUCUUAUGCCUAGGUGUAUAACUCCCAUUGAUUUUAAUGCUAGCUUAGGUGCUUUUGGAAAUCUCACUAGGCACAUAUCUGUAUCUUUAAACGCUUAAAUAGUCUGGCUGCACAUAACUAGCCAAAACUUUAGAGCAACCAAGACCUCAGAUUUUAUUUCCUACCUUCCCUUUGAAGUAUUUCUCUGGUAGUGACAUUACUUAACUUUCUCCUAGUAUGCGUUGUAUGCACUGUCGUCGUAGCCAUGUCAGUCCCAGGAUAUUAAAGACACAAGUAUGUGUUGGCACUCUCUCCAUCAGGAAAAAAAUCUAGUUGUUCCCUUGUCCCCACUCCUUACAUCAUUAUUGUCUCCUUUAGGCCUUGAUCCUCCAAGUAAUUCCCUGUGCAGACACUCCUACAGCCACUGGGGCUCCACUAAAUUCAAAUGGGUGCAGAGUUGAUCCACAAGGAACCAUUUGCUGGAUUGGGACCUUAGAUUUAAAGCUUUUACUAAGAGAUAUUUCCCUCCAUCUUAAAGAGAGAUUUUGUUACUGAUCCAGAUCAAGGGGAUUAUUGACAAUCUGGUUAUAAUGAAAAUUCCACUGUCAGAGUUCUCUACAUCACACAAGGUGUCAGAGGUGGCUGGUAAAACAAGUUCUACAAGAAAAGACUGGUUGGUGGAUUAAAUAGUUCCCUUGACUCGGCACUGGUAAAAAUGCAUUAAAUAUCUUGUUGCUUUUCUCUAACCACUGUCCAAUGUCUCAACUGCAAGAAGAUAUGUUCCUUAGAACAUUCAAAGCAAGAAAAUAAAUGGAUUCUUAAAUUCAUAAACAUGUACAUAUAUGCACACAUUUCUCAGACUGGAUAUGGAAGCAGCCUCAUAGCUGGAAUCACACAUAAGGGCCCACAGAUCUGACAAGGCUAAGAGGGAGUCGGGGAUUAUAUUUCUCCUUCUGCAUCAUCAAGAAAAUUGUUUAGUAAGUGCCAAUCAGCGACACCAGUGCAAACUCAGUGAUGGAGAUGUGGGUUGUACAGCUGUCAGUGAGUUCCUAAUCUGAAGGCAAUAGGGAUUCCACAACUCAAAGUAAGGCCCUAAUUUUCCCUGUUGCCCCUAUAUGGCAGGUGAUUACGUAUAAGAAAAGAACCUAGUUAGACUCUUGGAUCCUAGGUUUCAGAGCUGUCAUUAUGAAAAACAAGUCUUGGAAUUUGAGCACAGGUGAUAUGGAAUCAUAAAGGGAAAGGUCUAACUCAUUUUACAGAUAUGUAGUGUGGUUCUACUAUGAAAGGUGUAAGUGCUUUCUCCUGGGGACUGUAGCAGAUCACUGACUCACCGGUGCGGCACCUCCUGCUAGGCAUCUGGGAAUUAGCUCUCUCAGCCCUGGAGCACCCUCUACAGGCCGGUGUAUCGCCCUCUGUUGCCUCCCCUCUGCAGUCCCUUUAUCUCCAUCAUGUAUAGGCCCCACAUCCCUCCCAGACCACAGUGCCCCUUACCUUGGGCUGCUGCCCCUCAGCCAGGGAACCCCACUCCCCUGAGCCCACCUCACUUUAGUGACCCACUGCCAGUCUUCAUCUAGCCCAGAUGCAGGGGCACACUGCAGUCUGCAAUGGCCACUCAUCAUUGGCUAGAGGGUUGGACUUUCCCUUCAGCCCCAGUACCUCCUUAGGCCUUCCUGUCAGGCCUCAACCUGGGAGGUCACCAGGCCGGAGUUCCCCUGCUCAGCCUUCCCCGGCACUGCUCUGUUGAAGGUACCCUGUGCUCCCAGGCUGCCCAGUCCUUCCCACCCCAAGGCUAGAGUAAGACUGCUUUCCUCCUAACUCACAGCCCUCUUUAUACAAGCCCUGCUGGGCCCAGACUGGCUGCUACCUGCCUUCCCCGAUUGGCUCCUCGGGGCAGCCCUUUCCCAGAGCUGGUUUUAACCCCUUUCUCCCAGGAGCAGGGUGCUCGCCCCACUACAGAGACAAUUAUGUCUUUUCUAAACAUAUUGUUGCCAACUCUUGCGAUUUUACGGCAAGCCUCCCAUUAUUCGGUGUUUCUCUUAAAACUCCAGCUCCUAGAGUUAAGAGAAUCUCAGACACAUGCGCACACAAAAUUAGCCCUGAUGGUUGUGGAGAAUAUUAUGAAAAUAUAACUCCCCUAAAGGCUGAGAAAGCAGAAAAUGAAAAGAACCCACAAUAUAUUUUUUUUUAAAAAAUUCACAUGAUUUCUAAGCAAAUCUCAUGAUUUUUUGAGACCUGAUUCAAGAUUUUUGAAUGCUUGAGUUUGGCAAUACCCUGAAUGUUUUUCUGAAAUUCAAAACUUAGGCCCUGACUCUGCAGUGAGGUCCCUGUGCUCAUGUACAACCCCAAUGAAGUCAAUGCAGAUCCCUGCACCCACAUGAAAUGCAUUGACUUCAGUGAGGCUUUGAACAGGUUUAGGGGGUUCCCUGCAUGUGGCUUGCUGUCUUACUUUUUUAUCAGUAACAUUCAGUUGCUAGAAGUACGUUUAGCUUAUUGUGUACUCGAUGCUAACUUCAGCCAGCUACUUCUUUUGCCGGAGUAACAAUUGCAGACUCAGGACCAAUGUGAUACGUAGCUGCUACCUGGGCAAAAUAUCAGGAAAAUAUCUUAAGCUAGCUAGGGGAUAGAAGGUGAAAGAGAGGACAGAGGCACUAAAUAGGGAAAGACAGCUUGCCAGCCGGGAAGGUUAGUUUAUUACUUUCCAGUGGAAAGGCACUAUUUUAAAAUCUCUGGUGUCUGAUAACUCAAAAAUUCCUCUUUGUGACUGGGUUUUUAAGUCUCAGACAUAUGAAGAAGAGAUUUUUCUGAGCAUAUUUGCAGCUUUAUACCAUGAGAUGCUAGCCAAAGAACUCUAAAACCGGAAAGGGGCACAUGGUUUUCUUGACUCGGAUGAUGUAUAUUUAUAGUGAACCUUCAGAAUUGGACAAAAGGGAGUGGGACACUUAUCAAGCUAGAAGCUGAUAAGGGAAGCUAUUCACAACAUUCUUAAGAAGUAUUGUUUCAUUGGACACUGGAGACCAACCAAGCAUUCAGGCUUUGGGGUGGGAGGAAUUCGCCUGAUUUUUAAGAGAGCUACAGCCCAGCCUCCCAUUAUAGAGGCACAGUCUUGUGCUCACAAAUAAUUGUGCCCACAAAAAGGUAAUUUUUAGACAAGAUCUCCUGUCUUGAAUGUGACAAACCAGAUCUAUCUGUGUCAGUUCUGCCAGGCUAACAAAAGUGGAAAGCCGUAAGCAUUUAUUUUUCCCACUACAGGCAGCAUUGAUUACUCUGAAGACACACAGGGAGCAGACCUGUGCCUUUCUUCAUAGAUGUUAACUUGUUUUAAUGCCCCUACAAGGGCGUAGAACCAAUAUAGUUACUACACAAGGGAGAUGUUAAUAUAUGAGGGAGGAUUUAAUUCUCCUAAAGAAAAAAUUAGGGAGAUCCAUAUAAAAAUAACUAAAAAAUUAUGUACUAUACUGGUUACAUUGUAGUGAGCUGCAGAGUUAAGAAAAGUUUAAUAGUUUAGGCUGGGAGGACUGUUUCAAAAUUUUUGCUCCAUGGGUACACAUAGAAGCACCAGUUAGGUACUGAGAAAUGAAAAUUUCCAGAAACUUAGGGGGGAGAAGUGUGUGGUAUUUGAUAGCUUUAAACUGAGAAAGGCCACUCAAAGUAGUUUUACAGCAAAUGCCAUCAUCCUUUUCCUCCACUGAGCUAGCCACCUACAAUAGUUAGGGAACACCAAGCAUACGCUCACUAGGUCUCCUCUUGACAACCACUGUUCUCCCAACAUCUUUUGACAAGACUGAAGGGAUCAAUGCUAGGGAGAUAGUGUGAUUUUUCUGCAAGCAUUUCCAAAGUCAAGACUUUCUGUUUGCUUCCUGAGCUGCACAUCUAAUCAAGGAGAAAGCAUUUCACACAAGCUGCUUGAGUUGCUUGUUUUCAAGGGAACCAAAUGGGAUUAUGAAAAAUAGGAUGUAAAUUGGGAUGAUGAGCAUGACAUUACUAAUUCUGUAAAGCACUUCUAAGCAAGCAAAUAAAUAUCCUUAUUUUGCAUUUUUUUAUUUAAGUCCCAUGCUAGUCUGUGAAACAGGAAAUAAAAUAGUAUUUCCUGAGGGAAAGAAAAAGGAGAUGAAGGGUCAGCCUAGAAAAUUAACAAGGCUAACCCUUGUUUUGUGCACUGAUUCAUUUAGGCCAUCGCCAUUCCCAUUGAGGCUGGGGUAGUUGCUCAUCACAGCAUGCACUGUAUUCUAGUGGAUCAAGCUGGGCACUAGGACUAAGGAGACCUGGGUUCUAUUCCUAGCUCUGCCACUGGUCUGCAGGGGGACCUUGGGUAACUCCCUUCCCCUUUCUAUGCCUCAGUUUCUCCAUCUGAAAAAUGGGGAUAAUGAUACUGACCUUGGUAAAGUGCUUUGAGGUCUAAGGAUAAAAAGUGCUAUAUGAAGAACUGGUCUGACAUCAACAAUGAAAUUCAAUAAAGUAUUUAAUUUGGGAAGAAAAAAAUCAGGUGUACAAAUACAACAUGGGGAAUAACUGGUUUAGAUGAUAAUACUACUGAAGAGGAUCUGGAGGUUAUAGUGGAUCACGAAUUGAAUAUGAGUCAAUAUUUUACUGUUGCAAAAAAGGCAAAUACCAUUCCAGGAUGUAGUAACAGGAGUGUAGUAUCUAAGACCUGGAAGGUAAUUGUCCCACUCUGGUUGGCUCUGGUGAGACCUCAGCUGUAGCAGUGUGUCCAGUUUUGGAUGCCACACUUCAGGAAAGAUGUGAACAAAUUGGAGAGUCCAGAGGAGAGCAACAAAAAUGAUAAAAGGCUUAGAUAACAUGGCUGCAAAGACAAAUUUGAAAAGGACUGGACAUGUUUAGCCCAUGUUGAGAAAAGAAGACUGAGGGAUGGGGGAAGGACCUGAUAACAGUCUUCAAACACUGUCUGUUCAGAGCUGCUAUAAAGAGGAUGCUGAUCAAUUGUUUUCCAUGUCCACUGAAGGUAGGACAAGAAGUAAUGGGCUUAAUCUGCAGCACAGGAUAUUUAGGUUAGAUGUGAGGAAAAACUUUCUAAGAAUAGUUAAGUACUGAAAUAGGUUGCCAACAGAGAUCACGGAAUUCCCAUCAUUGGAGGUUUACAGUAACAGGUUAGACCAGUGCUUUUCAGCUUAUUUACCAUUGUGGGGCACAUAUGCAUCCACACUAUAUAUUAUUCCUGGGGGGAAUUCUGUGCAAAAGAAUAAAAAUUCUGCAGCAAAAAAACAACAAUUCUGCCCAGAAUAUUUUAAAAUUCUGCAUAUUUUAUUUGUCAAAAUACAAUUAUGCCAGCUUCAAUUAUUUUGGUAAUUUAUUUCAAACUACCUGUCAGCAAAUAUGUCUGUAACAGUACAGACCUUGGGAGAUAGGCCAAUCCUCACUUACAGACAGCCCCCCAACCUGAAGCAAAUACUCACCAGCAACUACACACCACACAACAAGAACACUAACCCAGGAACCUAUCCUUGCAGCAAACCCUGUUGCAAACUCUGUCCACAUGUCUAUUCAAGGGACACCAUCAUAGGACCUAACCACAUCAGCCACACCAUCAGGGGCUUGUUCACCUGCACAUCUACCAAUGUGAUAUAUGCCAUCAUGUGCCAGCAAUGCCCCUCUGCCAUGUACAUUGGCCAAACCGGACAGUAUCUACGCAAAAGAAUAAAUGGACACAAAUCCGACAUCAGGAAUCAUAACAUUCAAAAACCAGUAGGAGAACACUUCAACCUCUCUGGCCACUCAGUAAAAGAUUUAAGGCUGUCAAUUUCGCAACAGAAAAGCUUCAAAAACAGACUCCAACGAGAAACUGCUGAGCUUGAAUUAAUAUGCAAACUAGAUACCAUUAACUUGGGUUUGAAUAGAGACUGGGAGUGGCUGGGUCAUUACACAUAUUGAAUCUAUUUCCCUAAAGUUAAGUAUCCUCACACCUUCUUGUCAACCGUCUAAAUGGGCCAUCUUGAUUAUCACUUCAAACGUUUUUUUUCUCCUGCUGAUAAUAGCUCAUCUUAACUAAUUAGCCUCUCUCAGUUUGUAUGGCAACUUCCAACUUAUCCGUAUGUGUGUGUGUAUAUAUAUAUAUAUAUCUUCUUACUAUAUGUUCCAUUCUAUGCAUCCGAUGAAGUGAACUGUAGCCCAUGAAAGCUUAUGCUCUAAUAAAUUUGUUAGUCGCUAA